AUGAGGCUGAAUUUCCUUUUCUAUUCCAGAUGGAUACUUCACAGGGAUUUGAAAGCCAAGAAUAUAUUUUUGAAAGAUAAUCUUCUUAAAAUUGGAGACUUUGGAGUUUCUUGUCUUUUGAUGGGUUCAUGUGAUCUUGCAACUACUUUUACUGGGACACCAUAUUACAUGAGUCCAGAAGUACUGAAGCACCAGGGAUAUAACACAAAAUCUGACAUUUGGUCUCUGGGAUGCAUCUUGUAUGAGAUGUGUUGUAUGAAUCAUGCAUUUACUGGACAGAAUUUUUUGUCUGUUGUGUUAAAAAUUGUGGAGGGUGAAACACCUUCUCUUCCUGAUAGAUAUCCAAGCAAACUGAAUGCUGUGCUAUGCAGCAUGUUAAAUAAGAAUCCUUCAUUGAGACCAUCAGCAGCAGAGAUCCUAAAAUCCCCUUAUAUUGAAGAACAACUAAAGAAAAUGCAGUACAAGUUCACAAACAUGACUGUGAAAGACAAGGCACUUAACUGGCAGAAAGAAACUGCUCCCAWUUUUGGUGCUGUGCAGAAAAAAGUUCAUUUACAAACUCUGCAGGAGCUGUCUGAAGUACAGAARAUGACACCGCGGGAACGAAUGCGGCUGAGGAAGUUAAAUGCUGCAGACGAGAAAGAAAAGAAGUUGAAACAGCUGGCAGAAGAAAAAUAUCAAGMAAAUAUCAAAAGAAUGCAAGAAUUCAGGUCCCGUAAUUUUCAGCAGCUGAAUGUCAAUGUCAUACAUGAAUCUGAUGAGCAGACUUCAAAACACCUCAUKCAUUCUCAGCCCGUCCCUACAUGCAACUAUGCGUCCAUGGGAAAUGAGACAAGUGAACUCUGCACGUCUGAACUUACAGACCACGAGAUCCCUGAAGAYCCAGAAACUGCAGAAGAAUAUUAUAAAGAUGAGUUUGAAUCCUGUUCAGAAGACAGUGAAGAGGAGGAAGAUACAGAAUUGCCMCAGACUGUCUCUAAGACKAAUCACCAGGAUAGUGAUAUGGAGGCAAUGGUUAAGUAUUUGGAGAAUGUCCUGAAUAASAGCUCAUUGGGCUCGAGGACUGUCACCGGCGUGUCUCCAGGGGUGCCCCAGGGAUUCAGAGCUCUCAACAGUGCUAUGGCUGAGACCAAGCUGAAACACAUGAGGGAAUCUGCCAUUGGGAAGCUGGGAGUGGAGGCAUUUGAGGCUGUGUACAGCUGGCUCAAACAAGCAAGACUGCAGAAUGCCAGUGAGGAGGAGAUCAGGAGAGGUUUGGAGAAACUUGUUCCUAGAGCAAGUGACUGUUUUGAAGUGGAUCAGCUGCUGUACUUUGAGGAACAGCUGCAGGCUUCAGAGCCAUGUCUUCAGCUGUAACAGGGUGUCAGCAACAGCUGGAAAUGGCACAGAGGGGGAAGGUGCCUUCUUCAGGCUAGCAGCCAAGUACAGGGGUGUUUUGGAGGACACUGCUGAAGGUAUUGUAGUACAUAGGCAUGUGGAUAUGCUCCAUUUCAGAGUCCAGACUGCAGUGAGAAGUGGGUAAAUAUAGCAGGAAAAAGAACAAAUGUUUGUGACAGUGGAGGGGAACAUUCACUCUUAGCUGAGUCCCCUUUUUUUGCYACUUAAACCAUAAGGAAAGGUGUUCUGGGCCGUGGCUGGAUGCCAGUCCUGCACUCACAGCAUCACUGGCAGAGCUGCCUCUGAUGGAAUAUUGCAGGAUUAAACUGCAGCUGCUGUUGAUUUCUAUUCUAAUUGAUCUUUGUGAUAUUUAAGUCCCUAAAAUUUGUAAUUUGGCAGAUUUACCCUUAAACGUGUGUGUAUGCGUAUGGCCACUCAGCCUCUGAUUGCUUUGUUGUUUUUGAUUGUUCAAAAGGACUGCAUUUAACUGUGUAACUUUCAAAGAAACUGUGGAAAUACAUACAUAUGUGCAUAUUUAUAUACAUAUAUGCAUGCUGAAAUCCACAGAGAUAGCUGUGUAUGUUCAUAAUGGCAGAAGUAUAUCCGGUCAUCCACUAUAUGUACACAGUAUAAAGAGUUUUGGUUUAAAUAGAUUCUUCAGAAUUAGAACAUUAAACUGAUUUUCUUUCCUGGCUUGCACAUUGUUAUCAUUAAUGUUCUUUCUUGGUGUUCAUGCUCCCUUCUCCGUAUGCAUCCCACUCCUGCUGAUUUUAACAGUACAUCGUGCUCUGAUUAUAUACCUGAUGUUUUCCUUCCACUUCUUCCUUCUUUAUUCUGCAUUCUGAGCUCCUUCCUCCAUCUGUGUAAAAGACUAAAGGUUAACAAAGACAUACAAUUGGUAAAGGAAUUAAAAUGAAUUGUGGACCAAAUUAAUUUUAGGCAUUGAGCCAUUAUCAUAAUCCUUAUGUUUUCUGCUUUUCCACCACAACUCCUAAAUUACUUGGGGACUGUAUUA